UAGGGUCUAAUUAAUUCCUAAAUACAAAUAAAUAAAUUGAUAUUUAUUUAGUCUAACAUAAUAUAGAGCAUAUUAACUGAAUUGUAGAGGAUUUUUUUCUCCAGGUUAUUAUUGUUAUAUUACACACAAUGCCCAACGAACAAUCAAAUAAAUAUAGAAGAGUUGAAUCUGGAAAAGCAAAACCGACAACAAAGGAACUACUUGAAACAUCAGUUUCUCAAGGUCCCUUUAGUGUAUUAGAAAGUUCUAUGAAAGACGGAAUUCAGGUUUUCAUUCAAUGUCGAUUCAACAAAUCUCUUCUUGCAAAUGUUUUGGCUUUUGAUAAGCACUUUAAUAUGGUUCUACAAAAUGUGGUCGAGCUUAGCGGGAACGAUAAGGCGGAGCAAAAAGAAAGGACAAUUCGUAACCUUUUUCUUCGUGGUGAGUCGGUUAUUUUCGUCGUAAAGCUCAAAAAUGAGACGGAAUAAGACACAUAUCGUCUUAAGAGGAAAGAUAAAGAUAUAAUUUUUGGUUAGUGUUAUUUCAAUGAUGGUUGAAAUGAGAUAAAAUAAAUCGGUAGGAAAAAUUUGAAAUGUUUGUUAUAGAUUGAGAUAAGAAAAAUAAA